AUGGCGUUACAAACGCAAAUUCGAGAAAAUUUCCCGGAGCAGAAAGUUUCGCUUUUUUCUCAACUCCGGAAAGAACAUUUGCUUGCUGGGAUUGCUGGAGGAACCACCUCCACACUCCUGUUGCAUCCAUUGGACCUAAUUAAAAUCCGUUUUGCCGUGAACGAAGGUGCAACUCGAAGCCUAAACCGUCCUCAAUACAAUGGUGUUUUCGACGCAUUUGGAUCGAUUUAUAGGACAGAGGGAAUCCGUGGACUUUACCAAGGCGUCGUGCCCAACAUUCUCGGCGCGGGUUCAGCCUGGGGCCUAUAUUUCUUCUUUUAUAAUGCUGUGAAAAGUUGGCUACAGGAGGGAGAUCCUCGACGGGAUCUGGGUCCUGCCGUGCACCUCGCAGCCGCCACAAAUUCCGGAGUCUUGACCCUGGCUCUCACGAACCCGAUUUGGGUAGUCAAAACGCGAUUGUGUUUGCAAUACGACGCUUCGUGUAAAAAUUACCACGGGUUCGUGCAAACUUUGGGCAAGAUUUACCGAGCAGAAGGUGUUCGAGGAUGGUACAAGGGCUUCGUUCCUGGACUAUUCGGAGUUUCGCACGGGGCAUUGCAGUUCAUGGCCUACGAGGAGAUGAAAACUCAGUACAACCUGAGUCUCGGACGGAACACGGACCAUCGUUUAGAGACGCUAGAAUAUUUAGCUUUUGGGGGGUUGUCGAAAAUAUUUGCGACGAUGACGACGUAUCCGUACCAGGUUCUGAGGGCGAGAUUGCAAGAUCAGCAUCGACAGUAUCGAGGAGUCCUGGACGUGAUUCGGCAAAUUAGGACGCAUGAGGGGUUUGUAGGUUUCUACAAGGGACUAGUGCCGAAUUUGUUACGAGUGACCCCUGCGACUGCUAUCACGUUCUUCGUGUACGAGUCAAUUAUAUCCAUGUUUACCCCGAAGUCGAAUUAGAGGCAAUUUGUUGAAGUGUUCUGCAUAAAAAAAAAAAAGGAAAAAUGGUGCAAUUUCUUGCGACUUGAAGAUGAUGUUUGUUUCAUUAU